GGGCGCGCGCGCGCGACGCUGCCCUUCUUUAUAUGCCUCUAACUGGACCAGGCUGCUGCUGGGAGGAGGGCGGAGAGUGUGAGCGAGCGUGCGCGCGUGCGUGCGUGCAUGAGUGUGUCUGUGUGUGAGUGUGUGCGUGCGUGUGUGUGUAUAUGCAUGCAUGUAAGAAGGAUGGAGGGAUGCGUGUGUGUGUGUUGUGGAAGUGAAGAAGACUGGUGAAGAAGCGCCUCUGUCUUUGAUUUCUUUUUCUUUUUUCUUUCUUCCCGAGGUGGGAAAUCUCAGAAACCGUCAGAAACCUGUUUGGACAUCUGCAUGCAUCGGAUACGGUGGCAGACGACGACGCGCGGGAUGCACACACGAGCGCGAGACUAAUGUAACACAGUCCUGCCUGCGCGUGUGUUUGUUGGGGUGGGGGGGGCGUAAGAAAAGGAACAGGGUUUCCACUCGUGGGUUUGACAGCGUCAGUGUUUUCGUGGGCAGGAGUGAGGUGGGAGGACUGAACCGGCUACUGAAGAGGCUAUACCGCACAGGCUACGGCACAGGAUACAGCACAGGCUACCGCACAGGAUACCUACAGGUGAACAGGGAGUAGGAUGUAAUGGUUUGAUGUUGAUGCUUAGUUGACUCUGAGCAUCUUGGAAAAUAAGAUUCCAGAUCCAGAUUCCGGUGAAGAUCAUUCCCAAUCGUUGGGAUCCGAGAGCCAUCAAGGAUGUCUACGGUCAGUUUGUCGCUCCUUCUGUUUUUGCAGGUGGGCUGCCUUCUUGUGUCCAGCAUUUGGUCUCAGCAAGUGCAGUGGUCUCACCAAGACUGGGGGCUGGAAGGUGGCAGAAAGCCGCCAAGGGUGGUCAGGGCAUUCCUGCACACCGGGGACUCCUCUGUGAUGCGCCAAGGCAACUGCUCGGGCAGGUUUGAGCUGCGCUGGCCCCCUGGGCGAUCCCGGGCAAGCCCCCACCGUGCCAUGCACGGGGCAAUGGACGCAGUCACCCAUGCAUCUGCCUUCCUCACCGCUUUACUGCGGGGCAACAGCACCCGUGCCCAGAACCUACGACGAGACGUUGAGUGGUACCGGGCGCUGGUCCGCAGCAUCCUGGAGGGCGACUCCAGGAUACACCGCGCCGUUCUCGCCUUCAGCACCGGAUCUUCCUCCUCCCACGCUCCACAGGUCUUCCUCCAGGCCACCCGUGCCGAAGGGCAGAUUGUCCUGCAGGACCUGUCGGCGACCCCUGCACGCCACGGUCUGCAAGACAACACGGCCGAGACGUCGUGGUACCACGACCACAGGGGAAGACAGAAGACCCGCUCCCACGAGCGAGCAACAAACAGGGAUUCCACGUCCAACUACGAGAGGCGGGGGAAUGGGGAGAAUAGCACCCCAAACAAAACUCACGUGAGGUGGUCAUCUCCGUAUUUGGAGUGCGAGAAUGGAUAUUACGUACCCAGGUGGCUUUUGACCUUGUCGGCAGGAUUUUACGGACUAACGCCCGAUCUGACCCUGGACUUCAGGGGGGUUGUUCGGGUGGAUGUCAGUGUGCAGGAUGUGGAUAUCGAUCAGUGUUCCACUGAAGGCUGGUUUGCAGGAACUCACAGGUGCAACGUGACCAGUAUGGAGUGUCUGCCCAUCCCAGGCCACGGCUUUGUGCUGGACAAAUAUAAAUGCCAGUGCAAGAGCGACUUCUACCACCCAAACAGAGUGGCCAUCAACGGCUAUACACGGAAGACUGGAAGUUUACAGGAUCCUGAGGGUCUUCCUUACGAUGCAGACUCCCCCCGGCACUGUCUGCCCUGUCAGAAGGGCUGUGCGUACUGUAAAGACGACACACCCUGUGUUGACCGUGGGGACAGCUACCUGAGCAUCACCGUUCUGUCCUUCCAGGGCUUCUUCAUGCUGCUGGACUUCAUCAGCAUGGUGGUGGUUUACCAUUUCCGCAGGAACAAGAGCAUCAGAGCUUCAGGUCUGGUCCUGCUGGAGGCCAUUUUGUUUGGAGCACUUCUUCUCUACUUUCCUGUGAUGGUCCUGUACUUUCAGCCCAGUGUGUUCCGCUGCAUCCUGCUGAGAUGGGUGCGCAUGCUCGGCUUCGCUACGGUGUACGGAACUGUCACGCUCAAACUGUACAGAGUUCUGAAGGUGUUCCUGUCGCGCACGGCUCAGCGGAUCCCCUACAUGACCAGCUGGAAGGUUCUGCGGCUGUUGGGGAUCAUCCUGCUGGUUGUGGUUUGGUUCCUGGUGGCCUGGACCUCAGCUGUGUGUGAGAACCCAAACCGGCACCUGGCUCUGAUCGCUGUGGGCUACACUCCAGAGGACCUGCAGUUCAGCAUGUGUCUGCUGGACCGCUGGGACUACAUGAUGGCAGUGGCUGAGUUCCUGUUCCUCCUGUGGAGUGUGUACCUGUGUUACGCCGUGAGGACGGUUCCCUCAGCCUUCCACGAGCCUCGCUACAUGGCCAUCGCAGUUCACAACGAGCUGAUCAUCUCUUCUAUAUUCCAUGUGGUCAGAUUCACUCUCGUCCAGGAGCUGCACCCGGACUGGAUGCUCAUGCUGUUCUUUGCUCAUACACACCUAACAGUGACGGCGACCCUCGGACUCUUACUCAUUCCAAAGUUCCUGUUUGCAGGGACGCACCUGAGAGACGACAUUGCGACUGAGGCGUAUGAGGACGAGUUGGACAUGGGCCGCUCUGGGUCGUACCUGAACAGCAGCAUCACCUCCGCUUGGAGUGAACACAGUCUGGACCCAGAGGAUAUCCGGACACCAGACGAAAUGGGCCAGCUCAGUUCUAUUAAUGGCUGUGGCGUAAGGUCUUGCGACAGUCUUUGGGAAAAACGUACCAACGAGGAGCUAAAGAAGCUCUAUUCCCAGCUGGAGAUCUAUAAACGGAAAAAGAUGUUGGCCAACAAUCCACACCUGCAGAAGAAACGCAGCUCCAAAAAAGGUUUGGGAAGGUCCCUCAUGAGGCGCAUCACAGAGAUCCCAGAAACCAUGGGCCGGCAGCACAGCCGUGAGGACAAAGAGUUGGGGGACCACAGUAGUAACCGCAACAGCAUCUGUGCCCUGAGGAAGAAUCCUUUUGACCCAUCGCACUCAGCAAAGCCUGCCAAGGAGGAAUCUCUGAAGAACAAGGUCUUCUCUCUGAAGAAGUCUCACAGCAGCUACGACCAUGUUCGAGACCAGAGCGAGGACUCUAGCAGCUCAGCAACGGACAAGAUGGAAGUGUCCACAACAGAGGCAUCUCUUCUUGAAACCCUGAUGGGAAAGAAGCUGGUAAAGAAAAAGUCUUCAGAUAAGAUUGAUGCUGCCAGCGAAUCGACAGAGUCGGUUCCUUUGGUGUGCAAGUCAGCCAGUGCCCACAAUUUGACGGCUGACAAGAAACCUCUGCACCCAAGAACGUCUAUGUUACAGAAGUCCCUCAGUGUCAUCGCCAGUGCCAAAGAGAGGACACUGGGCCUGACUGGGAAGACCCAGAGUGUGGAGGAUCCCAGCAAGAAAGUCCAGCAAAAGAGCAAAGAGGCUAAAACCCCUGUUGAGAAUGAGGAAAAGGAGGGUUACACAAAGAUGAUCCUCAGUCAGUCAGUAGAGUACAAGCAAACAGCUGCCAAAGCAGGAAUAAUGAAGCACCAGGUCAGUGGAAGUCAACCUUCCAUCUGCUCUGAGACGACAAAAGGCAAAGACACUUUUGAUAUUUCUGAAGUGUGCCCCUGGGAAGUGGAGGACUUGCCCACUCCCUCAGAGAACAAGAGCCAAAAGCAUGUUUCCAUCGCUCCCAGCGAGACCACAACAAUUCACGGGAGUAGCACAAAGGCAGAGAAAAAACAGAAACAGAAAGGCACGGACCAGUCACCUUCUGUAAGCCGACGGCCUAACCAGAAACCAGUGGACAGAGCAGAUAUUUGCCCUUGGGAGGAAGGUAAUAAUGAAAGCCAGGCACAGACAAGUAGUUCAAAGGCCAGUUCAACCAGUCAUUCAGCCAAGUCUCAAACAUUAGCAUCUGGAGACAGCGGCAAAGCUCCAAAAGCAGACAUUUGCCCAUGGGAAUUUGAGGAGUUGCCAAACAAAUCAGUAGACUCUGCCUGCUCCUCUGACCGCAGCAGGCCUAAAAGCAUGUCUGUGGAGGUCAAAAGCAAAUCAGGUACCUCUACAUCAGUUGGGAAAAGCAAGGGCAGUUCAACCCCUGUUGAGGGUAAAGCAAGAGAUUUGCUCCCGGACCAAUCCAAACCUUCAGGCAGCUCACUGCUACCGUACAAGGAAGACAUCUGUCCAUGGGAUUAUGAAUCAGUAAGUCCCACCACUGACAAGUCACCCAGCUCCUCUCAGGUGGGUGUUUCUAAAACGAAAGAGACCCCUGGAGCAAAAAAGGGUCCUACCACUUUGAGAACAUUCCAGAAGGAGAUGGAGAAGCCAGCGAGUGCAGAUGACGAAAAAAGCAAAGCAAAGUCAAGGGACAAGCCUGUUUCGGGCAAAACAACAGAAAGACCUCUAAGUCAAGCAAAACUGGCAGAGGUCUGUCCGUGGGAUGUGGACAGUGGUCAGUCUGCGAGUGCGGUGGAGAAACAAAGAAGUCCAAGUGCGGCAGUAGGAAAGAGCAAGCAAGCUGACGUAUGUCCGUGGGAUUUUGAGGAGGCAGCGCCCACGAAAGAAGUGAGUAAAAGUACUGGUUCCUCCAAUGCAAAACAGAAAAGCGCAAAUUCCAAAGGGGGAGUUGGUGGUGGCGUCAAAACGGCAGAUGUCUGCCCCUGGGACUUCGAUGACCAAACAUCAUCAACAAAAAAGGCAUGACACUUGACCUAUCUGGACCACUAAAAACGUAGUUCUCAUUGUAUGUGCAUUGUGUCAUCUUAUAAAUCCCUGGAAGACAAACUCUAGAUAUAGUUUUGGUGACUUGGGGGAAUAAAAUCAAGUUGCACAAGCUGCCUUUCUUUCCAAUAAAGUUUUUUCCUUUGUGCUUUUUGAAAAAAAAAGAAGAAAACAAAAAAACAAAAAAUGCAAUGAAUCAUCAAGCAUUCCAGAUUCUUACACAAUACUUGUUGAAACUUUAAAUACAAACAGUAGUCUGACAAUUAUGCAACUCUUUAUGUGCAAUGUAGAAAAACCUGCCUAUACUCAUCACUUGUAUCCCCAUUGAUUAACCAUUUGAAUUUUUCUUAACUCCAUAAUAGCUGCAUCUGUAGCAUGGUCUUCUCGACUAUGUUGGUCAUGUGAGAUUGUACAAUUACAAAGUUCCUGCAGAAAUAGGAGAGGCUUGAACUCGUCUAUGUAAUUUGAACAAUACUCAGAUGGAGCAUGCAUGAAUUGUUUUAGGAUAAGCAUGAUCUGUGGUGUUUUAAUUCCAAGCCGGGUUGGAACUGACGUGAAAUUGCCAAAGACAGAGGUAACAUAUGAAGGUAUCAUCUGAGUAAAACACAGGAGAACCCAAACGCGUGCUGGAACCUCCCUACAGUUCUGUUGUGUGCCCGAUGCCCGAUUCAUGUGGUUGUUUGUGGGGAAAUGAAUUAGCCUGUAGCACUUUAGUAACUAGCAUAUUUAAGGACAGAGGUAUGUGCAGUAUAUAUGGACGACAUGCUGUUACUGCAUUCAUGUUAGUCUAAUGAUUUUAUUUAUGUGUUUAUUUCUACUCAUUCUCACACUGAUCAUACACAAGCAUAUUUGCCACAUAAUGUAGACUAACACACUUUAACCAUCUGUUGCAUCUAAGAGCCCUUUCGAUGCUUCCGAAUUUGCUGGGUAUGUAUUACUGAAUGUGCCUAAUUGAAAAGUCUUGUAUCAGUCCGAGGUUGUGUUGGGAAAAGCACAGAAUUUGUCCAGUCCUUUGAACCCUGAGAGUCAGAGAGUGGAGUAAAAGUGAGAUUUAAACCCAAUAUGUUUUUUUAAGCUGAUUUAAAAAUGUUAAUGUGUUUAUUGCUGUAUUCUUGACAAUUGGGAACAACUGGGAACUCAAGAUCUCAAAAAUAGUUUUGUUCCAUCAACACUUGUCUUUUAUGUUUAAGCAUAAUUUAGGCAUAUUAUGAAAAGUAUUUACAUUUGAAUUAAGACUUAUCUUUUAACUUUAAAAGUAAAUUUUUGGCUUAAACUAAGGCUGUGACCGAAUAUGGCUCCAAUUUACUAUGUAGGGCACUACUGAAUACAUCCUCAAUAGUGAUUUUGAGGGCAAUAUAAACUCCCAUAAUGCACCAUGAUUUUUAGUAAACAUCGUUGCAUGCUACAUGAGCUAAAUGUUUCCCAACAUGCAUUGCGAGUCUCGCUACUAAUCAAUAGACAGCUGAACAAAUGGAGUGGACAGCGAACCAUUAGGGUUGCCAGAUUGUUUCAUUAGCGUCCAGAUAAAACCACUAGGUAAAAACUGGGUAAAGCAUGUUUCAAAUCUGCCUAAAUACAGAGAAAACCACCCAAAAACUGCUGUAUUACAGAAUUACAAGGGUUUUUUUUCUAACAUGAUAUUAAAUAAAUAAAAAUACCUCAUCUUAAAUAUCUCUAAUUACAACUCGCAAAGAAAUGAAAUAAUUUAAUACUCACAAAUAAUAACAAAAUAAGCAACAUAAACACUAUCUAUUCAAAUGUCCAAUGAGCUUUGUGUCUGCAAGGUUAUCCAUAAUAUCUAAAACACUGCUGGGUUAAAAUGCUUGGUAUUAUUCAAAUAUUUAAAUUAUAUAAAUUUAUUUUGUCCACUCGUCAAAGUUCAGCGUUUUCUCCAGACAAUUUUAGACUCGACUUGACAUUUGGCACAAAACCACCCAAUCUGGCAACAUUGUGAGCCGGUGUACGCUAUUAAUUCCAGAUGUUUUUCCAUGUAGUUAUGUGAGGAUUAUGUUUGUAAAAAGUGUAAAUGUAACAGUCAGAGCUUCACUAACUUUAAAUCAGAUCUCAGAUUCAGGUGUUCGUGUUUAAGCGACCAGAGCGGGCACGUCAAUGAUGAGGGCGUGUCCAAUUAUACUCGUGUUUUACCACUACUUAGUGAACUACAUAUUCUCUCCCUAUAUAACGCAACACUAAUGAGUGAGCAUGGAGCAAUUUCAGUCACAGCCUAAGUAUUCACCUCCUUUUUCGUGAUUUUAUCAUUAAUAAACUAUAAUACACUGCACCCUAUGUGUGGUCAUGCCAUGUAUGCCGUAUGUUACAAUAUCUAUUGGUGAAUGUUGGUGAAAAGACCACACAACAUUGUUUGAAUGGAUUUUUUUUUUCUCUUUGAGAUCAAAAACUUCCCAGUUCCCACUUGAUCAUGAAUAGAGCAUAUCGUCACUGUCCAAUGAAAAACAAGUAUCUCCAAAACAGCAACUUUACCGGAGAGAGAAAAACCUUCUAAACUUACAAUGGAAGUCCAUGUUAAAAGAGUUUAUUUUAGAUCAUUUUUAAGUAUUUUUUUCGUUUUUUUUUUCGGUUAAAAAUCAACAAAAAUGCUGAUACUUAUUUUCCAUUGAACAGCGACGACAUAUUUUUAAUAUAGGGUACUGUGCAAAAGUCAGAGAUCAGCCAUUAAAUAUUGAAUUUCCAGUCAAAACAGCCAUUAAGUUCAAUGUACUUAAAGUCAGAAAUUAUUUCUGAAAACAACUAAAAUUAAGCUUAAAAAUAUACACAAAGAAAACAGAGAAAACUGCCUGUGCAUGGCUGGGCAGAAUGCCAAAUAUGUCAUGUCAGAUAGACAUAAAUUCAAGAAGCUCUUACCAAAAAAAAUCACAAAGAGAAAUCUGUUGAAGCUGUUACUACUCCUGCAUCCAGACCUCAACAUCGUUGAAUGUGUUUGGGACAAAAUGCUUCAUAUAAUUAGACUGGACUGGAAGUGUUGGAAAAAGAUUGCUUCAGAACACUCCCUCCACCAUGUUUAACAGAUGGGUAUGUGGUAUGUUUUGGAUACACGCCGAUAAAGGGUGUUUUUUAGUGUUUUUAGUGUAAAAGUGCACAGUGCUCUAUCAGAACACAAAGGGUGCUACAUUGUGUUCUAUAUGUGAUGCCAUAGGAGAUCAAUAUUUUUUUAAGAAUUAUGAAGUAACACCUACUGCAAAACCAGCAGGAACUGUGUGAGACUUUUCAAGCCGUGUGUGAAGGUUUAUUAUAGGACUCCAUUAGGAACCUCUACAACCCAUGCCAAGAUGCAUGGCAUUGCCACACUAUGUCUGCAUGUGUAGCCCAAAAAAAUUGUGAAGAGUGUGAAGAACUUUUAUAUACACUUCUUGAAACCUUUAAAAGGCCCAUCAUGCACAUCUUAAUUGAAAAAAAAAAUAGUUCUUUAUGUAAUUUAACAAGGUUCUUCCCUGGUAUCACUUAAAGAAUCCUUUGUAGCACCUUUAAUUUUUAAGUAGGAGUGUAAGAGAGCCAAUAAUGGAACUUACUUCUUUCAAAUUUGUUUAUAUUUUAAAACAGUUACUAUCUUUAAUAUGUCUAAUACUAUGUUUCAUGUGACUCCGAGUCAGAAAACGAUAUAUCUGUAGCGAUGUCUUGAGAAACCCAUGAAUCUCUGAUGCAGAAAAUGCUCCACAUACGCCUGAUUCCUUUCUUGCGACCUUUAAUGUGAACCCAAACCACACGUCACAGCUACUGUUGAAAUGCGUUGACAUUUUACAUUUUAUCAACGUAACGAAAUAGAAUGGAGUAAUGUAAAUUUCUCAUCGUAUAUAUUUGGCCUGAACUGUUUUACAGCAGGAUGCCUAGUAUUAAUGACACAGUCAGGACUAUUUGGUACAUUCCUCAGAAUAUCGUAGACAUGCGUACGUUUAUUCGACCAGUGUGAUACAGUGGACGAUUAAAAAAAGAGAAAUUGAUUUUUUUGUUUGUUUUAUGUUCACCAUGUAUAUAUUUAUAUAAAUAUUUAUCGUUUAUGUACCAAAGAAGUAGAAGAAACCUACAGACACUAUAUAUAUAUUUUUCAAACACUCCCUAAAAGAGUAACCGUUCUUCUUCCUUGCGGUUACCCAUCUCUCUUCGCCACCACAAGCUCUACGUUUGGGUGGGUGGUUGGGAGUCUUUGAAAUCUUUGAAACAUGGGGUAGGUAGGUAGUAUCGGCCUGUGUAGGUGUAAGAGCUAGUGCAUUAUCGGCUGCUGAAGUGUAUGUAGCCUGGAAAAAAAAGAUGUCUCUUCCCUUCAGAUUUAUGGUAAAGGUUUUUGUAUCCCUUCUAUAUUUAUGAACGUAUGUUUAUGGUCAUUAAUGAUCUGUCUGCCAUAUUGGUUCUGUAUGUUCCCGGCUCAUUUGAGAGCUUGGCGAAGCUCGCAAAGUUUAAAAAAUUGAAGUGAAAUCUUUUUAAAAAUGGGAAAAA